AUGGCUUUGGUAAAGCGCUCGCAGUUCCUGCACGCGAACACCGAGACAGUGUGCAACGAGUUGAGGCAACGGUUCUACAUUCCGAGGAUGCGAACAUUAGUGCGGAACGUAUGUCGUAGCUGUAAGUACUGCAAGAUUAAGAAAGCAGCUCCAGUUCCACCGAUAAUGGGACCGCUUCCGAAAGUUCGUCUGACCCCUUUCAUUUGUCCAUUUACGUACGUCGGCGUGGACUACCUGGGUCACUUUGAAGUGAAAGUCGGUCGCAGUAUUGUGAAGCGGUGGAUAUGUUUGUUCACGUGCCUCACCGUUCGAGCUGUUCAUCUGGAGCUAGCGCACACUCUGACAUCGAAAUCUUGCAUAAUGGCGUUCAGGCGUUUCGUUAAUCGGCGAGGAGCUCCGUUGGAAGUAUUCUCGGACAACGGUACCAACUUCGUUGGAACCAGCCGUCAGUUAUCAAAGGAUAUCCAGAGGAUUAAGAUCAUCAACGAGGAUUGUGCGGCUACGUUCACCAACGCCCGUACGCAGUGGCACUUCAACGUUCCUGCAGCCCCGCAUAUAGGAGGCCCGUGGGAGCGGAUGGUGAAGUCUGUAAAAGUAUCAAUGACAGCAGUAUCCGACAGUUCGCAUCAUGCGAGUGACGAGAUGUUCGAAACUAUAAUGGUGGAAGCAGAGGGGAUCGUUAAUAGUCGUCCACUGACCUACGUUCCCUUAGAAGCAGUAGAUCAAGAAGCGCUCACUCCGAACCACGUCUUGCUGUACAGUUCACGCGGUAUAAAGCAGCCAACAGUUGAUCAGUUAGUCAGUCUCCGAGACAGCUGGUCAGUCGUCAGAAACAUCAUGGACGAGUUUUGGCGCAGAUGGAUGUUGGAAUAUUUACCGAUGCUAACAAAGAGGACGAAGUGGUUCGAGAGCGUGAAACCGUUGAAGCCUGGAGACCUAGUCGUGAUUAUAGAUGAGAAGACACGGAACAGCCAAGUUCGACGUGCAGUAGUACAGACAGCUCGAGGAGUCUUCACCAGGCCGGCAGUGAAGCUGGCAGUCCUGGAUGUUACGAACAACGACAAGAAGAAGGAUGAAGUCGUGCCGGAAACGGAAGUGGUUCACGGGGCGGGGGAGUGUUACCGGCAACACUGUUGA